AAUUAUGGACCGGAGGAUGUUUUGACCAGUCUCGCUCUCAGCGGUCAGUGCAGAUAGAGGAACGGGGAUGAAGAGAGGAAGUGAAUUCCGACUGUUGCGACUACACUCUACCAUUGCAAGGUUUACAGGCCGUGGGGAUGAGGAGAGGAAGUGAAUUCAGACUGUUGCGACUACACUCUACCAUUGCAAGGUUUACAGGCCGUGGGGAUGAGGAGAGGAAGUGAAUUCAGACUGUUGCCACUACACUCUACCAUUGCAAGGUUUACAGGCCGUGGGGAUGAGGAGAGGAAGUGAAUUCAGACUGUUGCGACUACACUCUACCAUUGCAAGGUUUACAGGCCGUGGGGAUGAGGAGAGGAAGUGAAUUCAGACUGUUGCGACUACACUCUACCAUUGCAAGGUUUACAGGCCGUGGGGAUGAGGAGAGGAAGUGAAUUCAGACUGUUGCGACUACACUCUACCAUUGCAAGGUUUACAGGCCGUGGGGAUGAGGAGAGGAAGUGAAUUCAGACUGUUGCCACUACACUCUACCAUUGCAAGGUUGACCAUGGUGCUGACAGGGAAGCGGUCUGUGAAGGGACCAGUGGGUUGGGGGAGGAGGGUGAAGUGUGAGUACAUGAGGCUACGCUUCAGACGGGCCGACGAGGUCAAGAGUAUGUUUAACUCUAACCGUCAGAGGAUCCUGGAGCGGACAGACAUCCUGAACGCUGAGUGGAAGUCCAGGAGGAUCCAGCCCCUUCACAUCAUGACAUCUGUUAGCUCCUUACGAGGGACCAGAGAGUGCACGGUGGACAGUGGUUUCUCUGAGUUCUCCAAACAGGUGAUCCCUCUGAAGACGCUCAACGCUGUGACCUCUGUACCUGUCAUGUACUCCUGGUCCCCGCUACAGCAGAACUUCAUGGUAGAAGAUGAGACGGUUCUCCACAACAUCCCCUACAUGGGAGACGAGAUUCUGGACCAAGACGGAACCUUCAUAGAGGAGCUCAUCAAGAACUACGACGGCAAAGUUCACGGAGACAGGGAGUGUGGCUUCAUUAACGAUGAGAUCUUUGUGGAGCUGGUGGGGGCCCUGACCCAGUACAGUGACAACGAGGAGGAUUUUAAUGAAGACGAGCAAGAGUUGAAGAUGGAGCUGUGUGAGGGGAAGGACCACAUGGUUGAGGAUCCCCACCAGGAAUCCCUGAUCAACACUGAAAGCCAAGGCAGCAGUGACAGUUCCAAGAAGAUUCCGUCUGAUAAGAUCUUUGAGGCCAUUUCCUCCAUGUUCCCUGAUAAGGGCUCCGCAGAGGAACUCAAAGAGAAGUACAAGGAGCUGACAGAGCCCCAGUUGCCGGGUGCAUUGCCUCCAGAGUGUACUCCUAACAUGGACGGUCCUAACGCUCGCUCCGUUCAGAGAGAACACAGUCUACACUCCUUCCACACACUGUUCUGCCGACGCUGCUUCAAAUACGACUGCUUCCUGCACCGUGAGUCCUUCCAUGCCACUCCUAACACCUAUAAGCGUAAAAACAUGGAGAAUCUGGUGGACAGUAAACCCUGUGGUGACGAGUGCUAUAUGUACCUGGUGCAGGAUGGUUUGAUGAGGGAGUACCCUGACGGCAUGGCAAACGAGAGGUCCAAGACUCCUUCCAAACGCCCCAUGAUCCGUCACCGGGGACGACCGAGCGGCAACAGUCGGCCCAGCACACCAACAGUCUCCACGGAUACCAAAGACACGGACAGCGAGCAGGAGGGGAAAUACGACGAUGAUGAUGAUGAUAAGAAGGACACCAUCAGCAGCUCAGGUACGCACCACCACCCACACACACACACGCCAACACACACCAACCAUUACUUUGUGUGUGUUCUAGAGGGUAUCUCACAGUGCCAGACUCCAGUGAAGUUGAAGCUGACGUGUGAUCUUCAGAUAGUUGAUUGGAGCGCUGCCGAGGUUUCACUCUUUAGGGUUCUCAUCGGAACCUACUAUGAUAACUACUGCCCUAUAGCACGACUCCUAGGAACCAAGACCUGCAGACAGGUGUACGAGUUCCGUGUAAAGGAGUCUAGUAUCAUCUCUCGCACCCCGGCCGAGAACGAAGAAACGCCCCCUCGCAAGAAGAAACGGAAACACCACAGGUUAUGGGCCACUUACUGCAGGAAGAUCCAGCUGAAGAAAGAUGGCUCGUCCAACCACGUGUAUAACUACCAGCCAUGUGACCACCCCCGCCAGCCCUGUGACUCCUCCUGCCCCUGCGUCACCGCUCAGAACUUCUGUGAGAAAUUCUGCCAGUGCAGCUCAGAGUGUCAGAACCGUUUCCCAGGAUGCAGGUGUAAGGCCCAGUGCAACACCAAGCAGUGUCCGUGUUACCUGGCGGUCAGGGAGUGUGACCCUGACCUGUGUCUGACCUGCGGAGCCGCUGAACACUGGGACAGCAAGAACGUCUCCUGUAAAAACUGCUCCAUACAGAGGGGGGCCAAGAAGCACCUACUCUUAGCGCCGUCUGACAUCGCAGGCUGGGGCAUCUUCAUCAAAGAGCCAGUUCAGAAGAAUGAGUUCAUCUCUGAGUACUGUGGAGAGAUAAUCUCCCAAGAUGAGGCUGAUCGCAGAGGGAAGGUCUAUGACAAAUACAUGUGUAGCUUCUUGUUCAACCUCAACAAUGACUUUGUAGUGGAUGCUACUAGGAAGGGAAACAAGGUUCGUUUCGCCAACCAUUCCGUCCAUCCCAACUGCUAUGCAAAAGUGAUGAUGGUGAAUGGGGACCACAGGAUAGGGAUCUUCGCUAAGAGAAGCAUCCAGACUGGAGAGGAGCUCUUCUUUGACUACAGGUACAGUCAGGCUGAUUCUCUGAAGUACGUCGGCAUCGAGCGGGAGUCAGAGAUACCAUGAUCCUCUCUUCUACCUCUGGAUCAACACACACACACACACACACACACACACACACACACACACACACACACACUUCAGGAAACGCAAACGACUCUUUGUCGGAAUCGUGGGAUGCUUCAAGAAUUCUGGAAAGUCUCUCUUUCUCACUUUGAAUAAUUUUUCUCCCAACAAAUCUUCCAGUUCUCUGGGAUUUGUGAGCCUCUUGGUAACUAUGGUCACUAGAACGUCCUUCCUGUUUACAGCUAACAAACAUUAACAGGUGUUAAUAAAUCCACUGACUGGUUCUCUUUA